UCAAUGGCAAAAAUGUAUAUCUCGGGAAAGGUAUAAUUUAUUUCGACAUCCUUAAUAACUGAACAGACCACCAGAAUACAAAGAAUCAUUGCAUGCUUUGUACCUUGGAUAUCAUAACAUCAUUUUUGUUAUUUGAGGAAAUUGGUUGGUAAAUUUAUAUUUAUGCAAAGGUAUUUUACUGUAUAAUGUCGUUUAUCGCUCAAUUGUUUGACCUAGGUCUACGUGGAUGAACAAAAUAAACAGUAUCAAGAUAAGAUGAGUGUUGCUUUAGAAAAGGUUGGAUCAAAUGAUCUAUUUGUCUCUUUUCGUCGUCUAAUGACACCUUCUAGAUGGAUAAUAUUAGGAGGAACUCUAGGAGCCGGUUUGGUUGCUGUAUUUGCAGUAGUUCUAAGACGAAAAAGACGUCGAAAGCCGUUUCCUAAGAAUUCUGAUGGAAGAAGAAAUUACGUCGAUCCAAGUGUGUGUACGAAUUCAACUGUCCGAAGAAGAUACACCGGAACAUCCACUCCAUCGUCUGCAUAUACUAGAACCCCAGUACCGCCUUCUCUUAAUUCAUCUCGUAGUCACACGCCAGCUCCAACUAGUUUUGGACAAGAUCUUGAAGAUUCAACGUUAACAGGAUCUAUUGUACAACAACAUUCCCCACAAAUUAUCGGGCCUGAGAAACUUUGUUCUCUAGGACUUGACUCACUUGCCCAAGCUAUAAAACAUUGGGAAGAUGCUCUGGAGCUAUUGGAAAUGGAUGAUGCUGAUUCAAUAGUUAAAAGCUUAAGCGAAAUGGAUAUCAUGCCUUUACAAGAUCAACUACACAGUUUACUCAGCAGAACCUACAGAAUUCGGGAACAAUAUGAAACUAACAUAUAUAACAAGAUACACUUUAGUGCUGCCGUUUCAUCUGUAGUCCAAAGCUUAGAAAAAGCCGAAGAAGCAGCUAUGAGAAGUGAAAGCGAAUGCUCUGAUACAGAAUCAUUUGUAUCUGCUGUAGAUAUUGCAGAUUUGUCUGACUUGGAAGAAGAAAAAGCAAGUAGUAGUGUGCUUUCUCAAGACCUGUAUAGAAUAGCCUUGAAUGAAUUGGAUAAUGGGAAUAUUCCCUGUAGAACGCUCAGAACAAAAACAUUUGGCUGCAAAUCGGAUACUGAAUUCUUGGCAAAAAUGUAUUGCGUUCGCCUUGCUUUCAAUGAAAUAUUCAAGUCAAAAGAAAUCAAAGACUAUUUCACAAAAUAUGGAAAACUAGUUAUUGGCGAAAUGAUGAUUAAAUCAGAGAGAGAUCCAGAAGAUUUUUAUAAUGAAUUCGAUUCAAUGGUUGAAUGGGUCUCAGAUGAAUCAAACUGGAAAAGUAUGAGGGAGGAGUUAAAAGCAAGAGCCGUAGCUGACUUUAAUUUUUUCGAUAUCGUAUUAGACUUUAUCGUAUUUGAUGCUUUCGACGAUUUGGAAAAUCCUCCAUCUGCCAUUACGACCAUUAUGAACAAUCGUUGGCUGACCAAUUCAUUUAAAGAGUCCGCUUUAGCUACGGCUUGCUGGUCGGUUUCAAAGGCAAAGAGAAGUCGAUUGCAAUCUUCUACUGGUUUCUUAGCUCAUUUUUACACAGUAACGGAAUGCUGCAGUCCAAUGUUUGCCUGGGCCUUUCUAGGGCCCCAGUCACCGGUGAAAGACUUAUGUACAUUCUUUAAGGAUCAAGUAAUAUCCUUUAUGCAACGCGUAUUCAGCUUCCAACACGUCCGAUUUACUACUGUUAACGAAUUAGCUACUGACAUACUAAAGCAAGGUCAAAUAGUAACAACGAAUCUAUUAGAAAAUCUUAAUAUACCUACCGAUGAGGCAGUUGUUGAAUUGAAAUUAAAUAACUGCUAG